UUGAUCCUGAACAUUAAUUAACAAUUUCAACAGUUAACUAACUAGUAAAAGUAUUUCAAUUAUAAGUGAAAGUUUUAAACCUUAACUUGGAUUAACAAUUGACAAUUUAACUCUGCCGUUGAUUGAUUUAUAACAAAUUUAACACGCGUUUGGAAGUGAUUACAAUUAACCAUCGACCAUGUUGAUUACAAUUUGUUUCCUUGUUUGUUUCAUUUUGUCAACAUUAGUUUCUUAUGUUGAUCCCACCGGUGGCACUUCUGAUGUUUACCAUAAGCAAGACGGUAACGGCGGAUAUGCUUUCGGGUACGAUAUAAAUGACCCUUGGGGUGCAACCAAUUUCCGUGAGGAAUCAGGUCAGUUUGAUGCUUGGGGCGGUGGGACAGUUAUUGGUUCCUAUGGAUUAGCCGAUGUUGACGGGCGAAAACGAGUAGUCCAAUAUUCAGCUGAUAAAAAUGGUUUCGUCGCUUUCAUCAAGACCAAUGAAAAGGGUACAAGUGAUGAGGAUGCUGCCGAUGCUUAUUACAAUGGGGUCGACAAGAGUCACGGUAAAUGGUUGUACGAUUUUUCAAUCAAACACGACAAGGGCUGGGGUGGGGAUUCUUGGGAUCCUUGGGGUAAAUCCGAUAAGGGUAAGAAAAAGGAUGUCGGCUGGGGGGCAUCAGAGCGACACGAGAUUCGGCUUCCACAAAAGGGUGACCCUGGACAAUUGUACGAAGAUCCUGAUACCAAUGUUAUUUAUAAAGCGAUUGAUGAUCAACAUGUUGUACCUUUUGGCCGAAGGUAUCAAGUUAAUUCAGUUACAACAGUUAAGCCCAAAAUUUUAAAUUCUAAUGCUGUUAAUCAUAAACGAUAAUAAGAGCUAGUCUCUGUUGAUUACAUUUAUAUAAUAUUAUCGAUAUUUAUUUAUAUAAAAACUAAUUUAUUUCUAAUUA